AUGAAGAUGAUGCUUGGGCUGAGCUUAAGCAUGUCCACCCCCAAUUUCCUGCUCCUCCACCUCGUCGUUGUCUCCGCAACCGCUGCUUCCUCAUCCUUCACCGGAGUCCAUGCCGGCGUCGCCUGCGCGCACAAGGAGAGGGAAGCCCUCCUGGCGUUCAAGCAGGGCAUCACCGGCGACCCGGGGGACCUCUUGGCAACAUGGAAGUCGGAUGAACCUGACUGCUGCCGGUGGGGAGGAGUCCAGUGCAGCAACCUGACCGGCCAUGUCCUCGAGCUCCACCUCGUCGACGAAGCUCUGGCCGGCGAAAUAAGUCAUUCCCUGCUCGCCUUGCAGCACCUGGAACAUCUCGACCUCAGACUCAACAGCCUUCAGGGACCAACCGGCAAGAUCCCGGAGUUCCUAGGCUCCUUCAAGAACCUAAGGUAUCUCGACCUCUCCGGCAUACCGUUCUCCGGUGCAGUGCCGCCGCAGCUUGGGAACCUCUCGAAGCUCUACUACCUUGAUCUCUCGACGAGUUGGGUCUCGCAGCAGCAGCCAAGGAAAAAUUUCUCGGCGAGAAUUUUCCGAGAAAACCGAAAAUCCUGUUUCUCGGUGGGGUCCGAUUUUUUUACUUAUCGCCCGAAAUUUUCGUCCCUUUUGAAUAUCCGCCCAAACUAA